AUGGGCGUCGCCAUGGAACCCCGUCUCUUAUCAAACCCGGAGAUGCUGGAGAAGAUUGACAAGCUCCGCGAUCUGAACAUCGGCCAGCAUAUUGCUCUUCCUCAGCUCGUCGUCGUCGGAGAUCAGAGCUCGGGAAAGUCGUCGCUUCUUGAGAGCUUGAGCGGUAUCCCGUUUCCCAAAGACGGCACCCUUUGCACUCGCCACGCCACCCAGAUAACCUUCCGACGAAACGACGAUGUUUUCGUCAAGAUAUCCAUCAACGCUGGACCGCAUGCUUCGGAGGAACAUAAGAAGACUGUUGAGGGGCAUCGUCUGAAAAUGGAUUCCGCCGUGGAGUUCCGCGGCCAAUUUGUCGACAUCCUGACCAAGGCCAACGAGAAGAUGGGUUUGCGUAAGACCGUCAGUGCGGGUCGUGGUGCCAUCUUCAGUGAGGAUGUCCUCAAGAUCGAAGUCUAUGGACCGACCGAAGAUUACCUGACCAUCAUCGACGUCCCCGGAAUCUUCCGCACAAACAUGUACGGAACUACAAAAGAGGACAUAGUCAUGGUGAGGGAGCUCGUCAAGGACUAUAUCAAGGACGACCGCACCAUCAUCCUGGCUGUCCUCCCCAGCAACGUCGACAUAGCUACACAGGAGAUUUUGGAGCUCGCGGAAGAGUACGACCCAGAGGGCGCGUCCCUCUGCGAUCUAGUCAAUGGGAAGAGACGGCACCUAACUCUCGGCUACUACCUCGUGAAGAACCGUGGACCCGACGACGGACCCGUCGAGCCGGAAGAGCUUGACAGGUUCUUUGCAAGGAACCCUUGGAGGAGGCUCCCGGGUGAACGGCUGGGUAUCCGGGCUCUCAAGGCGCAGCUUGAGGCCUUGCUGAUCGACAUAUGCGGUCGCGAGUUUCCUCGCCUAGUCCAGGAUCUCAGCAGGUCAAUCACAGAAUGCAAAAGAGAGCUGCAAGGUCUGGGACGGCCUCGGCAAGACGAGAAUGAGCAACGGAUCUUCCUCGGUAACGUUGCAGGAGCUUUUCAGGAUUGCGUUCGGUCGUCAUUGGCCGCGGACUACACUGCAAUAGACGCACUCGGCGAGACGGAACUUCGGCUCAUCACCAACGUCAUGAACAUCACAGACGUCUUCGCCACCGACUUUCACGAGAAAGCGCACUCAAACAACUUCGACGAAGAACGUGGACACGUAGGAAAGACUGAGUCGGAAGACGACCUGCGGGAGUCUCAAAAAAGCUCUUCCGAGGCCAUGGUGAAGCAGAUGCGAAAUCUCCUGGAAUCUGUUCAUAUAGACGACGCUACAGAUGGGGAAAAGGCCGAGCUCGAGGAUAUCCUUGCUAUUCCCGACAAGGACCUGGAGUCGAAGGGGGGCGUCUCCUCGUGGAUCAGACAGCAUUAUCUGAACAUCAGAGGACUGGAGCUCGGCACGUUCAACGCCAACUUUGUCUCGGUGGCCUUUGCCCAACAGUCAAGCAAGUGGCCUCACAUGAGCAAGGUCUAUAUGAGCAGAGUCAUACUGUCACUGCAUCGCUUCAUAGCCAGCGCGCUGCGGCUAGUUCUUCCCGACGAGACGGCUCGGAACAAGGUAUGGUCCUCGAUCCUGGAAAGCCUCGUGGACUGCUACCGGAAGGCAAUCAGGCAAGCAGACCUGCUGGUCAACAUCGAGCGCCAGGGGAUUCCCUACACAGCCAACAAGAAGUUCACCAAGGAAAUCAACGAGGCCAGAUCUAAAAGGAUGCUCAGGCAGGUCUUCCCCAAAGCCAGAAAGGACAAGGCGCAGUACGGAGAGGUUCAGUACACCGUCACUCUCGAGGACAUGGACAGCAUGCACUCGGAGGAACAGUCAAACAUGGGAUAUUCCCUACAGGAGGUCCAUGACAUACUCCAGGCGUACUACCGGAUCGCCAUGGAGCGUUUCAUAGACAACAUCUUCCAGAUUGCCGUCAACCAUCAGUUGCUCCAUGGGCCUGACAGUCCCCUCAGGGUCUUUGACCAGAACUGGGUCAUGAGCCUGAGGCCUGCUCAACUUGAGCAGAUUGCAGGGGAGAGCAAGGCUUCCAAGAGGACACGUGCGAAGCUCAACAAGAAGAUAGAAGAUUUGUCGACUGGUCGGAAGGUACUGGAACAAUACUGA